AUGGCCGACUCAGAGAACCAGAGUCCAGCGGAGCCGAGCCAGGCGGCCGCGGCAGCCGCGGCAGCGGAGGCGGCAGCGGAGGAGGUAAUGGCGGAAGGCGGCGCGCAGGGUGGCGGAGACCCCGACGGUGCGGCCGGUGACUCUGACAGCGCCGCUGCUCAGAUGGCAGAGGAGACCCAGACCCCCGCUGAGAGCGCGGCAAAGCCAAAGAGUGACUUUAUGGAGAGCCUGCCUAACUCGGUGAAAUGCCGGGUCCUGGCUCUGAAAAAGCUGCAGAAGCGAUGCGAUAAGAUAGAAGCCAAAUUUGAUAAGGAAUUCCAGGCUCUGGAAAAGAAGUAUAAUGAGAUCUAUAAGCCCCUUCUCGCCAAGAUCCAAGAGCUCACAGGCGAGAUGGAAGGCUGUGCCUGGACCCUGGAAGGCGAGGAGGAGGAGGAAGAGUACGAGGAGGUGGAGGAGGGAGAAGAGGAGGACGAGGAAGAGGUAGAGGGGGCGGCGGCGGCCGCACGGGCGCAGGAUGACGACCCCCACGCCGAGGUGCCUGACGAUGCUGAGAAGUAAGGGGGUGGCAGAGAAG